AUGACUGUUCUCGAGACCAAAGAAGGCAAAGUACCGUUUUCGCACCCCUCGAUUCCACCAUCCUGUCACUCAGAAACCUAUUAUCGCGUCCUUGGUGACCUUUCCUCCUCAGCCACUCCCAUCGUCGUCCUUCAUGGCGGCCCCGGUAUACCGCAUGUCUACCUCACCCCGCUCUUCAAUCGUUAUCAUGCCCUCACGCAAACGCCCGUCAUUCUUUACGACCAGAUAGGCUGCGGUGGAUCUACUCGUUUCCCCUCCAAGAUUGGCGACGAAGACUUCUGGACAGUUGAACUUUUCAUCGCCGAGCUGGAGAAUCUGCUCGCGUAUCUGGGUGUUGAGAGGUUUGACAUAUACGGCCACUCAUGGGGUGCAAUGUUUGGUGCCGUCGUCGCGACACCUUCGUCAUCACCACUCGCUUUCAGGAUCCGAAGGCUGGUUCUGGCCAGUGGACCCGCCAGCAUGAAGCUUUGGGAGCAGGCCCAACACGCGUGGUUGAAGAGCAUGCCUGAGGCAGUCCGUCGAGCGAUCGAGAAUGCGGACAGAGACAAGGAUUACGAGUCUGACGAGUAUAAGGCUGCCGUCCUGGAGUAUUACAAGUUGCACUUGUGCCGCGUCUGGCCCUUCCCAGAAGCUCUGACCGACGCCUUCGAUGAGAUGGAGAAUGAUCAUACAGUGUACUCGACCAUGUGCGGGCCGAGUGAGAUUACAAUCACUGGAAACCUGAGAAAUUACGAUUGGAUCGAGAAGAGUAAAGGAAUCAAAGUUCCCACACUGCUUGUCCAUGGCGAAUUUGACGAAGCUUCUGACCCUGUCAUCAAGCCUUGGUUCCAAAACAUUCGGAAAGCAAAGUGGGUAACAAUCAGUGAUGGCGGGCAUUGUGUUCAUCUGGAGCAGCCAGAGAAGUACGCUGCUGUGUUGCAGAGCUUCUUGUUGGACCAAGAAUAA